GCGGCCGCGCCGGGGGGGCCAGGUGAGGCCAACCCGUCUCAUCCAUCGCUCCAGGCAUGGAUCCGCCCAGGAGGUACUAAACGGCCGCUGGGUGGCAGCGAACAGGAAGGAGGAAGCAGCUGCCGCCGCCCUGAGCUCCGUCCCCGCCGCCACCAUGUCGGCCUCAGCUGUCUUUAUUCUGGACGUCAAGGGCAAGCCUCUGAUUAGCCGCAACUACAAGGGCGACGUGCCCAUGAGCGAAAUCGAGCACUUCAUGCCCUUGCUCAUGCAGCAUGAGGAAGAGGGCUCCCUGGCCCCGCUGCUGAGCCACGGCCGGGUCCACUUCCUGUGGAUCAAACACAGCAACCUGUACUUGGUGGCCACCACGCUGAAGAACGCCAACGCCUCGCUGGUGUAUUCCUUCCUUUAUAAGACGGUGGAGGUCUUCUGCGAGUACUUCAAGGAGCUGGAGGAGGAGAGUAUCCGCGACAACUUCGUCAUCGUCUACGAGCUGCUGGACGAGCUCAUGGACUUCGGCUUCCCGCAGACCACGGACAGCAAGAUCCUGCAGGAGUACAUCACGCAGCAGGGCAACAAGCUGGAGACGGGCAGGUCGCGGGUGCCGCCCACCGUGACCAACGCCGUGUCCUGGCGCUCUGAGGGUCUCAAGUACAAGAAGAACGAGGUGUUCAUCGACGUCAUUGAGUCGGUGAACCUGCUGGUCAGCGCCAACGGGAGCGUGCUGCUCAGCGAGGUGGUGGGCAGCAUCAAGCUCAAGGUCUUCCUGUCGGGCAUGCCUGAGCUGCGGCUGGGCCUCAACGACCGCGUGCUCUUCGAGCUCACUGGCCUUUCAGGCAGCAAGAACAAGUCGGUGGAGCUGGAGGACGUGAAGUUCCACCAGUGCGUGCGGCUCUCGCGCUUCGACAACGACCGCACCAUCUCCUUCAUCCCGCCCGACGGCGACUUCGAACUCAUGUCCUACCGCCUCAACACGCAGGUGAAGCCGCUCAUCUGGAUCGAGUCUGUUAUUGAGAAGUUUUCCCACAGCCGCGUGGAGAUCAUGGUCAAGGCCAAGGGCCAGUUUAAGAAGCAGUCGGUGGCCAACAGCGUGGAGAUCUCUGUGCCCGUGCCCAGCGAUGCCGACUCCCCUCGCUUCAAGACCAGCGUGGGCAGUGCCAAGUACGUGCCUGAGAAGAACGUGGUCAUUUGGAGCAUCAAAUCCUUCCCGGGUGGCAAGGAGUAUCUGAUGCGAGCUCAUUUCGGCCUGCCCAGCGUGGAGAAGGAGGAGGUGGAGGGCCGACCUCCCAUCGGGGUCAAGUUUGAGAUCCCCUACUUCACGGUCUCCGGGAUCCAGGUCCGAUACAUGAAAAUUAUUGAGAAGAGUGGGUACCAGGCUCUGCCCUGGGUACGCUACAUCACUCAGAGUGGAGAUUACCAACUUCGAACCAGCUAGGAGGGAGAGGAUGUCUGGGGCCCUUCCGCUCUGUGACCC